UGUUGCAAGCGACCGGAGCAGGGGCGGGGGGGACUGGUGAUUAUCUUGUGCGAUAGAAGCUGUGAUUUCCAUUGGCUCCAAAGUGCGGAGCUGGGCUCUCGCCUCUGCCCAAUAACUAAAACAGAUGCGGCUGGUUUCCCCGGGAUUUGUGUUGGUGGAUGUGUGAGUGCCGGAGGGGACAACCGGCACCUAAAGCUAGUCCCGGAUUGAGCAGAGAAAGACACCCUAAUGACUAAAUCUCAGGCGCACUAUGGAUUUGACUAAAAUGGGUCUGAUACAGCUCCAGAACCCCAGCCACCCCACGGGGCUCCUGCAGAAAGCCAACCAAAUGCGCCUUGCAGGGACUCUGUGCGAUGUGGUCAUCAUGGUGGACAAUCAGGAGUUCCAUGCUCACAGGACAGUGUUGGCUUGCACUAGUAAAAUGUUUGAAAUCCUGUUCCACCGCAACAGUCAGCAUUAUACCCUGGACUUUCUUUCACCAAAGACUUUUCAGCAGAUACUGGAAUACGCUUACACGGCCACCCUCCAGGCUAAAGUUGAAGACUUGGAUGAUCUUCUUUACGCAGCCGAGAUCCUAGAAAUAGAAUAUUUGGAAGAACAGUGUCUGAAGAUCCUGGAGACCAUUCAGGCUUCUGAUGAGAAUGAUGCAGAAGUCAACAUGACAGAUGGUGGCAGUGAGGAGGAGGAUAGAAAAUCUAGGUACAUCAAAAACCUAUUCACCUCCAAGCAUUCCAGUGAAGAGAGUAGUUAUGCCAACAUGGCCAGUCAGAGUUUAACGGGGGCGAUGGUGGAACAGAGCCCAUCUGUCUCGACUUCGUUUGGAGUCUCCGCGAUGAGCCCCACGAAGGCUGCUGUGGAUAGUUUGUUGACCAUUGGGCAGUCGUUAUUGCAAGGGUCUCUACAGCAGAACGCCUCCGAGGACUUGCACUCCACGAGCAGCCGCCACCCCAGUCUCUCCGAAGUAAAACCAGAAGUGAUGCAAGUGGAGGAGGCGUCUAGCCAUGAAAGCCCACAGACGGCAGAGUCCAGCACUUCUGGAGGGGACAAGUCCGAUGACAAAAGCAAGGAAGGCCCUGGUACUCCCACGCGUAGCAGUGUUAUCACAAGUGCCCGGGAACUUCAUUAUGCCUGGGAUGAGAAUCCAGAGCAGCCCCUCGAGUUGGGCCAAGGAGUGUCAGUCGGACCAGAGCACUCGAUUUCUCAAAGUGAGAAACACCUGAGUAUAUAUUCAGUGCUACCAAAUCACAAAACUGACUCGAUGCUCAGCAUGCCAUCCUCCAUGACGUCAGCUCUUCACAUGCAGCCAGCUCUUGCCGUGUCCAGGGACUUCAGCGCUUCCGGGGGGCUUCUGCCUCAAGGCUUUAUUCAAAGGGAGCUGUUCAGUAAGCUGGGUGAAUUGGCAGCUGGCAUGAAAACUGAAAACCGAGCCAUCGGUGAACAGUGCAGUGUUUGUGGGGCAGAACUACCAGACAACGAGACGGUGGAACAACACAGGAAGCUGCACAGUGGUAUGAAGACUUAUGGAUGUGAGUUGUGUGGGAAACGAUUCUUGGAUAGCUUGCGGCUCCGAAUGCACUUACUGGCUCACUCAGCGGGUGCCAAAGCGUUUGUCUGUGAUCAGUGUGGUGUACAGUUCUCUAAAGAAGAUGCCCUGGAGACCCACAGACAGACACACACCGGUACUGACAUGGCCGUCUUCUGCCUGCUGUGCGGGAAGCGGUUCCAGACACAGACUGCCCUGCAGCAGCACAUGGAAGUGCAUGCGGGAGUGCGUAGCUACAUCUGCAGCGAGUGCAACCGCACCUUCCCCAGCCAUACCGCCCUCAAGCGGCACCUGCGCUCACAUAGAGGUGACCACCCCUACGAGUGUGAAUUCUGUGGCAGCUGCUUCCGGGAUGAGAGCACGUUGAAAGGCCACAAGCGUAUCCACACUGGAGAGAAACCAUACGAGUGCAAUGGCUGCGGCAAGAAAUUCAGCCUCAAGCACCAGCUGGAGACCCACUACAGGGUGCACACAGGUGAAAAGCCUUUUGAAUGCAAGCUGUGUCACCAGAGGUCCCGAGAUUACUCUGCCAUGAUCAAACAUCUCAGGACCCACAACGGCGCUUCCCCCUACCAGUGCACUAUCUGCCUGGAGUACUGCCCCAGCCUGUCUGCCAUGCAGAAACACAUGAAGGGCCACAAGCCAGAGGAGAUCCCCCCUGACUGGAGAAUAGAGAAGACCUAUCUCUACCUUUGCUAUGUUUAAGGGACAUGGAGGGGGAAGAUUGAAGUCAGGAAGGCCUGGGCAAAAAAAUGCAUCAUCCAUGGCCUUUUAUUCUGUUGUUGUUUACUAAAAGGGUUCUCCGUUUUUGUUUCUGGCUCAUGAGGUGUUUGUGUGGGGGAGGGGGAAUAAUUCCCUUUUAAUUUGGGGGUUCUCUGUGCAGUCAAUGAGAAAAAGCAUCAGAAUCGAGCCAUAGCCAAAUAUCUGCUUGUGUUUUGUGACAAUGCACGUCAAGGGCUUUGGAAAGAGCAGGUGAAAUGUCACUGUAGGGGAGGGGAAGGGGCAGUCCCGGUGCAAGCUUUGGAGUCUGAGAUUUUGGAGUUUGAAUUUUUUGUCCUGUUUGUGCCACAUUUGUUUACUUAAUUCAGGCCUCAUCUACAUUUAAAAACGAGGGCAGCCUAGCUACAUUGCUUAGGGCUGUGAAAAAUUUUGCACCCUGAACAUUGUCGUUAGGGUGACCUAGCCCCUGGUGUGGAUGUAGCUAGGCUGACCGAAUUCUUCCAUCGACCCGCCUGUCGGAGAGAUGGAUUAACUAUGGCAACAGAAAAACCCCUUCUGUGGCUGUAGCAGCUGUAAUGUCAGACAUGCCCUCAGUCACCAGCUUUAUUCAGCUGCCUCUUGUGCAGCCUCACCAGUAGGUGGCAGUGUAACGCCUAUUGUUAAAAUCCCCCUCGGAGGAUUCCCCCCAAAUUAGAUCGAACGACCCAGUUUUGGGGGUACCCAGAAAUACCAGGGCAGAUGAUGCGCAGCACGACGGGCUGGAUGAUCUGGAAGUUAGUUAGUCGUGCUAAUAAUGUGGCAGGUUACAAUGCAGUCCAGAUUUCCCCAAGUAACUAGUGAUUUGGGGAGCCUUGGUGUUUUUGCUUCCUGACCUGAGACACCCUGAAUUUCAGAACAUGCUGAUCAGCCUCGUCGGUGGCUCCAGCCAGGCAGCUGGAAUCACUAGUCAGUCUGGCACAGCUUGGCGUAAGUAAAGGCACAACCGGAAUUUUCCUCAGGAGGGGGCCCAGGGAGAUGACCCCUUUGGAGCCGGCAUCUGUCCCAGGUGGAGAAGAUGGUGGGCUAUAGUGCCCGUAGGCACAGCUUGGUAUCUCAGAGAGCAGAGCCAGCAACAGGCAAGUUUUUGUGGCGUUGCAGCUAGGGGAGGAAGUAGUGGGAUGUGCCAGGGCAGGGUGCAUCCCAGGCAGCAGGAAGGGGCGGGGAGGUACCAUGCAGCCCUGUGGGCAUCGUGUGCCCCCAGUCCCCAUGAAAAGCCCUGGCAUCAAGGCUGCACACACACCGCCACUCGGGAAGUGCCGGGGCCUCCCCUCCCAGCCAGCAGCACCAGGACUCUGGCCGGGGUUCCCCCAUUGGGCACCCCACCCAUUACCUCCUGGGUGCAUGGCAAGUCCCUGGCUGCAGGCCCCCCCUGCACUGCUAUCUGGAGCAUGGGUGGCCAUAGCUGGGUCUCUGCUCAGAUCCGCCAAGGGAAAGCUGUCCCCCUGGCCCAUGUUGCGACCGCUUGAGCAUAAGUAAAAUAAACCUGAACUUUGCUACAGUCCCCCCCACCCCCCACCCCUGGGCUGCUGUGUUUCAGAGGGCAGAUAGUUAUCCUGCUGUAUAGGAUGGGUAGGGUGACUUCUCAACCUAGUGUGGAGCAUGCCUUCAGAGUGCCCCCUCAAUCAGACUCCUCAGCUAGCAAAGUUCUUGUCACGUUACCACUUGGAACUAUCAGAAACUGACAGCUGUUGAGUCUCUCAUUCAUGCACAGAAAGUUGCCCUAGAUAUUUUGAUCAAUGUCACUACUCCUCUUAUGGCCAAGUCUGUUGGUGCUGGUGGUUGUCCCACUAUAAUAAAAGCUACUUGGGUAUUUUGGGCCAACGCCAGUCUGUUCAAGAGCUUAGAACUUGGCUGCAAAAAUUGCCUCUAGGCUGCAACCCUCUCUCCUGACCAAAGACCUUUCUAUGCAUUUUUUUAAUUUUAUUUUAUUUUUAGGGGAGGGAAUUAGAACCAGAUGGAAAGGGCAAAAUCUUUCAGCCUGGUUGUCAAAUCCCAGCUGUUGGACAAGUGUGUCUUCAGAUGAGGGAGUCACAGUUCAAGAUGCUCUUAAACUGCCCCCUGGUGCCUGGGCAUUGCCAGGGGUCUGAAGGAAUGAUGAGUGAGCUCGUAUUCCCUUCUCCUGCAAACACAUGCAAUAUAUCCCCCUGGCUUGCAAUGCAUUACAGUGACUCAGGCUGGUUAAAUGCUAACCUGUCAGCUUGACCUAAAUUUGUCAGAGAUUUGAGGAUUGGGGAGUAAUUCACAAGUUCAGGCAAUGGAUUUUGUAUGUAUCAUGCUGCUCAGUAGCUUACUUUUGAGUCUCCGUUUAUGCCACGCCUUGCAAUUCAACAGUGCUCUUCUUUUUUGAAGUAAGAGUCCUUCAGAAACCAUCCCGUCUGGCUGCAAGAGCUUUGCUCUGAAUGGGGAGAUGCGUUUGGUUUUGGGUUUUUUUCCACGUUUCAUAACAGAAACAUACCAAUUAUUUUUUUUGCUCAGCCCUCUGUCCAGGAAACUAUGAAGGAGUGAAUUGUAAAAGACGGAUUUUCUUUGUUUGGCUUGGGGGCUUUCGUUUUUGUUUUAAUUUGAAUAUUUCUGUUUAGCACAUUUUACUUGAAAUUACCUCGUUUUUUUGUGACCUCAUGAGCUUUUGUUGUUGGGUUUGAGGUUUUUGUUUUGUUAAAUGGAUAGGUUGUUUAAAAGGCCAUGCCGUAGAUCGGUGACAUGCGAUGUAAGAAUCGCAUGCUCGGUGAGAGUGCAAAAGUGCCACGACAACCGCAGAAGUAAUUUUACGGUGGUUUUUGUGCAUUAUCAUUACCAAAAUUGGUAUUUUUUUAACGGCCUGCCUUGACAGAGCUGGGGUCGUUGAUUCUGAAAGCUACCUCUUAUGUUUAGUUUUUGUUUUUAUUUUGCAGUUAUGAAAGCACAUUUUGCAAUAUUUGUGUUCGCUUUGUGAUGUCAUUUCAAGUUUCAUCUCAUGCUUUACUUGCAAUUGUAUAUUAUUUUGUAACUUAGCUGCAUUUAUAUUAAACAAAAAAAAGUUAGGGAGCGUUUUGUAGAUGGAAGUAAAGGGAAAAAAAGAGGGGUGUUAUACUGCUGUGCCCUCCCUACCCCUAACCUUGUCUCAACUGUCGGGAAAAAUUUGAAGGCCUUAAAACUGGGGGAAAUAACUUCAUUUGACAGUGGAGCAGGUAACUUACCGUUUAGUGAAGAUUUAGUGCUUUGAAAAGGAAAGAGUUAAACUUGAAUAUGUGAAUAGAACAGUAGAGUCUUGUUUAUAAUGUGAAAAAUGUGAGUAUAAAAUCACUUAGGGCAGAACUUGGAUAAAUAAAUAUGCACUAACGCAUCAAUGUUGCGUUAGCUAGCGAUGGCCAUGAGAUAAUCUUCGUCUCAAAACUAAACGUGAUGUCAAAAAUAUUUAAGGUAUUCCACAAAAUGAAUCCAUUCUUCACAUCCACCCUGUCCCCCGUUCACCAAGCUGAAAGGGUUGAACUGAUAUUUACAAAGUGUAAUAUUUUUGUAAUAUUUGUUAGUCCCUGUGUCUGUUUCCACAGGACUUUGCCCUUCCUUUUGUAAUGUGAACAGGAAUUGUGUGUGUGUGCGUAUGCGUGUGUGUGUGUAUGUGUGUAUGCUUUUUGUGCGUGUGAUUGUGUAUUAAAUCAUGCAGUAUUGUUGUAAUCCAGCGUUGCAGCCUUGGAUAGUACUAAAUCAAAAUAUUGCAACUUCAAAAUCACACGCAGGAAACGUAUGCAAAUGUGCGUGUCAAAUGCAGAUUUCUUACAUCUGCUAACAGAAGCUUGAGGUAGAGUGGGGAACAGGCAGUACUGUAGGUAUUGGUGACUUAACAAUAAUUUCUUUUUAUUGUUUGGAGUUACAUUACUCCUCAACAACCAUCAUUUGUAUUUACUGUUAUCUGCAGAGAAGCAAAUUCUUCCUCAACCCGCCAAUCUAAAAAAUAUUAUUUGCUGUUGAAUAUUAGAGGAUAUGUGGAGGCAGUUCAGAUGCAUCAGGGCCAGAGAACCAACAUGUACAGAAGUAGACAGGGUGACAGACUUCACAUGGAGCUCAGGCAAACACAAACAGGUCUGGAAUUUAGGAUGAAUCUAGCUGCGUGCUCCUCCCUUCCAUUAGAGAGCACAAUCUUACGGGGUGGGCAGGGGGAACAGGGGAAUAUAUUGUGUGCAGUUCUAUCUUCAGAGCAGCAUCACUUCUUUGCUCUGUUGGCCAGGUCAGUAAUUUCCGUUUUAGAUAGUCAGUUAACAUUUUGAGCACGGCUUAUCACAAUAUAUAGUACUCUUUGUGAAUUAGAAUUGCAACUGCCUUAAACAGUUCUUUCAAAACUUCUUCAGAUGCAAAGCAGAAAGCUGGCUAUAUGCGCACUCCUUACUCUGUUCAUAUCAUCCAUUUUGAACUUAUACCUGUCUGUAUCUGGUGAUGUUUUGGGAAUAAAAGUAGUGUUGUGUCUCAGUUCACACCAUUAAGAUCCUUUUUAUGCAUUAUAUAUAUAAAAAGCAUACACGUAUGUGCACACGCACACAGAGGAUUGAUAAUAUCUUUGCUGCUUUGUGUUGGGAAUGGGAAGCAGAACAGAUGCUGAUUUAGUACAAUCCAGGAUGUAACUCUGGAGAAUGGCUUGUUUAAUCUUUGUGCCUGAGAACAGUUUUUUCACAUUUAAAAGAAAAAAAAAUUGCUGCGAUUUCUCACAAGUAUAUGGUACCUUUUUGCAGUAAAUUGGUACUGCUGGCUGGGGGGAUGUCAUGGUACAAUGGAACAAACAACCAAUUUUCCAACACAAUUAAUUUAUUUUCCAUUGGAAGACCUUUCCUUCCCCCUCUCCCCCUGCCCUUGGGUGUUGGCACAUUUUGGCUGCACCACCUGGAACUGUGCAAACUGAAGUUUGUUUCCUACCAGACACACACAUUUCAAAAUCAGGUCACUGGGGUGUUCUAAAUUUAAAGACAAGAACUUCUGUUGCGUGAAAACUCAUCAGACAAGAUGAGAACACUUGAUUAUUUUUCACUCCACUUACAUCUCAUUGGUCUCCCCUUGUCCCUCCCCCACCAUCCCCCUCAUGGGGACAUCUGCUUCUGUGGGUGUCAUUCCAAGACUGCUUUAACCCAUAGGACAUAAAAAAGGGUUGACAAAAAGGCAGCAAAUUCACCUCCGACAUACAGCUUUGAAAUAUCAUUCCAAUGAAUGUGGCUGAUGAGAAGUCUCUGGUCCCAUGACAUCCUUCCACACUGAGUACCAACCUUUUGGUGUGCAUCAUAGUAUUUGUUUCACAUAGUGUUAUGUAUGCAUGAUCUUUUAAGGCUAAGAAGCCAUGGUAAAGCUCCAUGACAUCUAUCCAUAUAUAUAUUAUUAUAUAUAUGUAUAUUAUAGCACUGAGGACCAACUGCCCUGCCGGACCAAGCAAACGAAGGCUUGUUUUCAUUGCUUGUCUUUUUAUGUCGUGACAGCACAAGUGCCAGUCUGAUCGCUCUGUAUUAAAAAUGGUGUUUUAAUUGAUGUUAUAGUUCUGUCUACCUCAGCACCUCCUGUUAGCCUAAUUUUAGAAGGUGCCCAAUUUUCGUUUGUUUUUUUCAGAUUAUUGGUUACUAUUUUUUGUACAAAUCUGUUUGUUUUCUCCUUCUGUUCAUUUCUUUUGCAGCACUGCUUGCGAGUCCGUUCUCUAGCCACAGAUGCAGUUAGCUAAAAAUUUAAAAAGGAAAAAAAAAUUCCCAAAAUGUGAUGUCUCCUAGUUGCAGCUCUCCGCAUCUGCCUUCGUUCUGUGUAGAUUCAGAUGCAUUUCUUUGUAAAACUUCAGUGUUUCUGACAGAGGAAAAGAAAAAAAGGAAAAAAAAUUUACUGCUGCAGGUUUUUUUUCUCUCCAUGUGUCACUAAGUGAAGUUCGUGCCUUCUAUAGCAAAGAGAAUAUUUUUUACAUCCUACUAACAGUAGAUUUUUUUGUAGUGAACAUUUUUUGUAUUUUUAUUUAUAAGUCUCAUAAGAAAAAUAGCAAUGUUCAGUUGUAUACCUUGAAUCUGCAGUUAGAAAAAAAGUUAAUAAAGUUAAUUCAGUUGUCUCUGCCUGCUGCUUCCUUCCUUCUAUUCUUUGCUCAGAUGUUUCUCUGGUGAGGAAGAGGAGAAAUCCGUCGCAUGAGCUAAAAUCUUACCUGAUCCCCGUUGAACAGGACUGAAAUAAGGGGACUGGAUUGGAAGGUUGAUGCUAUUUCCAUACAAAUGGCCUUCACCU